AAAAAUGGAGAAGACGAGAUUGACAGAAAAGGCGCCUUCAAGUUUUUAAAGGGUAAUUUCUUUUAGCAUGGGUGCUUCAAGUGCUUUAAUAGAGGGAACCAAUUAAUUCAUUUUAGAGAAAAGUGUCCCCAACUGCUUAAAUGAAUGAAGCCAAGUACUCAGUCCCUUUUCAAGGGGGUGUCUUCAAGUGCUUAAUAAAAAUAACCACGUACUUAAUUGUUUUUGGGAAAAGGAUGUCCAGACCCUUGACUGGAGACAUAAGAGCUUAAUCCCUUCUAAAUAAAAUCUUCAAGAGCUUAAUUUCCGAAUUCCGUGGCGGGGAGAAGGGGGUAACACCCCAUCUCUGAAGGAACCCCUCUCCAUCAAAGGUGAGCGCUCCACGACGUCACGGGAAGAAAGACCCAGGGGUCUAGUGACAUUCUAGGUGGAUACCUGAGCCCGACCCUCCGCCUCGCCGAAACUUGGAUAAACGAUAGAGCAAAGCGGUGAAGUCUACCUGUGACCAUCUUCCCGCUGGGCCUGGGUCUGGAUGGUGGGCGCCAUGGCGACGAGGCGACGACGGAGGUCCGAACUGGGCCGCGACUGAGCUGCGGGGAGACAAGGUGAGGCGUGCCGACUUCAACGGACACCACUCCGAGGCAGCGCUCGGGUUGGCGCCCCUGUCCGGGUCGGGUUAGCGUCGGAAAGAGGUGGGCUAACGAGAAUUACAGUGAAGGCUCAAGUAAACCCGCAGCCGCUUAUUUUCAGCUGCGGACCUACCAACUGCCGGAAGGACUGAGAAGCCUGAACUAGUCCCCUCUGGCCGCGAGGCCUUCUGGGAAAUGGAGUUCGAGUUAAACUCACACCCGGAUUGGCCAGGGACUGUUAGAAGGGGCGGAGCUAGAGAAAAGCCUUUUGUGAUUGGUAAAUAGGUUUCAGUCCGGACACCGGAUUCGAGAAUCGUUUUGGAGAGUCCGGGGCCUUCUUUCCUCCCAUUGGCUGAAUCGUUUGAGUGGCGCUACCUAAAGCUGAAGACGCUGAAAAGAAAUCUGGAGAGACGCAGUUGUUAACGCACUUCCGGCGUACUACGUGAGAAAGAUGGCUGCGUCCCAGCAGCAAGUUUCUGCGGCUUCUUCCGCUGCUGGUGUGUCGGGACCAGGUUCGGCUGGUGGCCCGGGUACCCAGCAGCAGCCGCAACCACCGACACAACUUGUGGGGUCUGCCCAGAGUGGGCUUUUGCAGCAACAGCAACAGGACUUCGACCCUGUGCAACGCUAUAAGAUGCUUAUCCCACAGCUGAAGGAGAGUCUUCAGACUUUGAUGAAGGUUGCAGCCCAGAACUUGGUUCAGAACACUAACAUUGACAACGGACAAAAAAGCAGUGACGGACCCAUACAACGCUUUGACAAAUGUCUGGAGGAGUUCUAUGCCCUCUGUGACCAGCUGGAGCUCUGCUUGCGCCUGGCACAUGAGUGCCUGUCACAGAGUUGCGACAGUGCCAAGCACUCUCCCCUGCUGGUGCCCACAGCCACCAAACCGGAUGCAGUACAGCCUGACAGUCAGCCCUACCCUCAAUACCUGGCGCUCAUCAAAGCCCAGAUUGCCUGUGCCAAGGACAUUCACACCGCUCUACUGGACUGUGCCAACAAGGUCACGGGGAAGACUCCUGCACCACCUACAGGCCCUGGGGGCGCCCUGUGAGGUGGCAGGGCUGGGAGGGGAGCGGGCUAGGAGGUGGGCAGGCUGUGGGGGAGAGGGACUGGGAGGGAAUGAAAAGUAACCUCAAAGCAACUUUGUCUCUGGCUUUUCUUUUGGCCUGAGCUCUUGGGUGGCAGCCAGCAGGGGGCAGCAGAGGCCAACAGGGAGCACAUCGGGAAGUGGGUAGAGGGAGCAGCUCUGACUGCCUGCUCUCCUCUCUAGGGAGGGUGAACUUUGGACUGUGCCUGUGGAGGACCUCUUUCUGGGACACAUACUACCUGCACUGGGUAUGAAGCCCUAACUAGGCCCCUCUCCCUCCAUCCUUACCUGAUUCUGCCUGAUGGGCAUGGUCUCUGUCUCAGCACCUUUUCUAGCUGUUUCCUUGUGUGUCUCUGCUGCUUGUCUGUUGACUCUCUCGUUCAGUCUCUUUUUGUCCAUAUGUCUCUCUGCCUUUGUGGUCCUAUGUCUCCCUGUCUCUGACUCUCUUUCCCUUUCAGUCUCCUUUGCUGUCUUCUGGCCCCAACUCCUCACUGGGAUUCUGUGUCUAUGAAAGAGACCAGAUUCUGAGAGCCAGAACCCUUGGGAUACCUAAGGCUAGGGGAGGGAGCUUUCCAGGGGCUAUAGCCGAACCCAGAGAUCCCAGGCACGUCCCAUGUCAGCCCAUCCCCCAGUAUCCUUGGCCCAGGAAAGGGGAAGUAAAGGGGUCUAAGCCCUGAUCUCAGCAUGCCUGGUUGGGGAGCAAUUGAGGCCCCCACCCAUACACAGGGCCUGCGUCAGCAGUACUUAAACUAGGGGUAUUGUGCAAUCGGUGGUGAAGCCUGGCCCAGCUGGAUGCCUGGGUCCCUAUAUUUUUAGCACCAAAGGAGAAGUGAAAAGGCCCCAGAAGGGGUGAAUCAUCAGUCCUGGGGAAGAACCCCAGGCGCCUGGGCCCCAGCUCCAGGAAGCAAACCUUGGGGAGGGGGCUUUGGGGAGGGAGUGCCCACUAGGCUCCCCACUUCUCUGAAAGCAAGCUUUGGAGAGCCCAGCCAUGGCCUUCAGGCCUGGGCAAGUGCAGGGUGGGGCUACCUGCCCAGGCCCAGCUGGUGGGUGUGAAAGGCUCAAGUGACUCAUUCUGGUCCAGGGGACCGCCCCACCCAACCCCUUCUGUGUCCUGAUUCCCAUGUCACCUCCCAGAGGCCUCCUGUCAUAGACCCCACAGCUGCAAGGAAACCCCAGGACCAUAGAGACCUGUGAUCCACCCAAAGCCUAAGUCCCCACACUGGAGUCCUGGGAACUGGCCAGCUGUGUGAGAGUGUGUGUAUCAGGCAAGUAGGACAGGCCCAAAGGAAAGGAAGCUGGCCUCUGGGUCACUAGCUGAAGCUGCUGUUCACAGGUAGAGUUUCCUCAGGGAAACCACACAUCUGCCUAUUUAAUUGACUGAAUCAGCUUCCCUGCCUGACUCCCCAGAUCAUCUAGGGCAAGGGUGUCCAAACUUUUGGCAUCUCAGGGCCACACUGGAAGAACAGUUGUCUUUGGCCACACAUUAAAUACCUUGCAACACAUAAUCACAAAUCUCAUCAUGUUUUAAGUAAAUUUACAAUUUUGUCUUGGGUCCCAUUCAUAACCAUCCAGGGCCACAUGCAGCCUGGGGGCUGUCAGUUGCUUUACUUAAAGUGAACUGAUUAGGACUUUAAUCACAUCUACAAAAUACCUUCAACAGUAUCAUCUAGAUUAGUGUUUGAGUAACUGGGGACUGUAGCCUCACCAAGUUGACAUGUAAAACUGACUGAUACAAUCUAGCCCCUGUUCAUUUGGCACCCAUGUACAUCUCUAUAUUAAA